CGGAAGUAGCCUAGUCUCCAUGGCGGCGGCCGGCGGUCCCGUGUUGUGGCGGCGGCUCUUGGGCCUGCUGCCUCACGGGAGGCUGGGCCUGGCCGCGCUGCUCGGGCGCCUGUCGGACCGGCUGUCCCUCGGCCGGGACCGGCGCUCCCGGAGAUCAUCAUGGCUGCUGGUGGCCCCAUUGCUCACCCCUGCGGUUCCUCAGGUCACAGCCCCAUCGUUCUGCGUUUGUCCUGAGGGGGCGCACAGGUUCCAGUGGAUCAGGAACCUGGUUCCAGAGUUUGGGGUCUCCAGCUCUCACAUCCAGGUGCUCUCCUCCCCAACUGAAUUCUAUGAGCUCAUGAAGGAACAGAUAAAGGCAGCCAAGCAGCGAGUGGUGGUGGCUUCGCUGUACCUUGGAACAGGACUCCUAGAACAGGAGCUGGUGGAUUGCAUAGAAGAAACACUGGAGAGGUCACUGCAGGCAAGUGGGCCCUCUGACUUCAGAGUUUCCAUUCUCCUAGAUUUCACAAGGGGAUCUCGAGGCAGGAAGAACUCUCGAACCAUGUUACUUCCACUGCUGAGAAGGUUUCCAGAGCAAGUCCGUGUAUCCCUCUUCCACACUCCAAAUCUGCGUGGGCUUCUCAAACGUUUAAUCCCUGAGCGUUUCAACGAAACCAUCGGGCUGCAGCACAUCAAGGUUUACCUCUUUGAUGAUAACGUGAUCCUGAGUGGCGCAAACUUGAGUGACUCGUACUUCACCAAUCGGCAGGACCGCUAUGUGUUCCUACAGGACUCUCCGGAGAUCGCCGAUUUCUUCACUGAACUAGUGGAUGCAAUUGGAGAUGUGUCACUGCAGUUACAGCCAGAUGAUACAGUCCAGAUGAUGGAGGGGAUGGUGCAUCCUUACCAAGGAGACAAGACGGCAUAUUGUGAAGUGGCAAAUAGGAGAGUAAUGGAAGUGAUCAACGCUGCCAGGACACGACAAGAACUCCACACGCAGACUUUUCAUGGAAGGCGAUCAGAAGGAGAUCCGUUAUUGCCCCAGCGAGAACCUAAUGCAGGAAGGGACCAAAAACCAGAACCAGACACCUGGAUUUAUCCACUAAUUCAAAUGAAACCCUUUGGGAUUCAAAUAGAUGAGAGAGUCACAGAGACGUUGCUGACAGAGGCAGAGCGAGGUGCCAGAAUAUACCUCACCACUGGCUACUUCAACCUCACGCAAGCCUACAUGGAUCUCGUUCUGGGCACCAGAGCAGAGUAUCGGAUUCUACUGGCCUCACCGGAGGUGAAUGGGUUCUUUGGUGCCAAAGGGGUGGCAGGUGCCAUUCCUGCUGCCUAUGUUUACAUUGCACAUCAGUUUUACAACGAGGUGUGCUGCCUUGGCCAGCAAGACAGGGUCCAACUGCAGGAGUACUCCAGGAAUGGAUGGACUUUCCACGCUAAAGGCCUCUGGCUGUACUUGGCAGGAAGCAGUCUACCCUGCCUGACUCUGAUUGGCUCUCCUAAUUUUGGGUACAGGUCGGUUCAUCGGGACCUGGAAGCUCAGGUUGCAAUAGUGACAGAAAAUCGUGACCUGCAGCAGCAGCUCCAUCAGGAGCAGGAGCAGCUUUACCUCAAGUCAGGCGUCGUGUCGUCAUCUACAUUUGAACAGCCAGCCCGCCAUGUAAAGCUGUGGGUGAAGCUGGUAACGCCUCUGAUUAAGAACUUCUUUUGAAAGGAGAAAGGAUCUUCCUCUGGAUUGAAGGUCCAGACGUAGGUGGGGCCUCGCAUGCGAGUCUUGUAGACUGGGCACUCGUAGACGUUCUUGGUGUCCAUACGGUCCACAGGGAUGGCUCUGAUGAAGAUGACUGGCAUCGAGGGCGUUAACUCCUUCAGCCGAGCGUCUGUGAUGACACCACUAGGAAUGUCCCACCGAGCACCUGCAGUGUUAUGGCGUAGUCAGUAUACCAGCUGCCAUGGGGCUUUUUCAGUCAAAGGUUCUAUUUGCUGUAUCUGCUGGGGGGAGAGUUCUCCUAGAAGCAUGGUUAAGGGUCAGCUGGAGGACCAAAGGGCUGCACUGAAGUAGCCUUAACAAUAUUACUAAGGAUAAGAUCUCUAACUACAAUGGUCAAUUCUGUCCUUACUCUCCCCCCCAGCGCCCAUGUCAGCGGAGACUGCACAGCUUGGGGAAGAAUGGUAAAUAUGGAAACUCUCCCAUAGCAUCUGCUGGGCAUGGACCUAAGCUUGACAGUACAGUGAUCCUGCCAGGGCCUCAUCCCUCUGGGUUUAUUAGCUGUAAGGGACCUCAAACUACAGCUGAGAGAAUAUGCCCUGAGUCCAGUCAUAGCUUCCUUAUUUAUAUAUAUAUGAGACCCCAAUAACAUCAGCUGUCUCUGCUCUGAGGUUCACCUGUAGCUGUCUUAAUUUCCAAAAUAAAUAAAUACUAAUGGUCACUGUCUGUCUGUUAGAUGAGGGCUGCCCUCUGCUGGCACGUUUCUGACAAUGAUGCACAAUAAAGGCAGCUGCUACCCAAA